CGAACAUCUCAAUAAUAAUUAUGGAACGGACCUCUUCGGUUGUGAGCAUUAAUGUGCUAUUUUUUGCAAAAAGUCGCGAGCUAGCAAAAACUUCACGAGCUGAAUUCACUGUUGAACCUGUGGUAAAAGCGGGCAGCUUACUGACACAAUUAAUUGAAUCUUUCAACUUGAAAAGCAUAAGUGAUAAUCUGAUCAUAGCUCAUAACGAAAACUACAUUGAAAAUCUGGAGGCAGAGAUAUAUCUCUGUAAAGGUGAUGAAAUUGCUGUGAUUCCGCCUAUAAGUGGGGGAUAACGAAGUAUAAAGGUGAUAUCAUUGGAAUAUGAAGCCUAUGAGAGCAUGGCUUUAAAAGAAAUGGGAAAGAUCUGCUCUGAGCU